GAUAUUCCUCAUGCACGUUGGCCAAUCACCAACAAAACCCUAAUUUUCUCCCCUCAUCUUUUUAAUUCCCUCCAGCCAUGAAAACUGAAUCAAGAGGAAGCACAACGUCUCUUUCUCUCCAAAGCCCUAAUAAUCUCUUCAACAGUAGUACCGCUCAUGAAGGCUCUCUAGAGCUAGCCGGCACGCUUAACGGGUGUACUCAGCUCGGAAGCCUCGACGGCGGGUGUAUAGAGAAGCUUUUGCUUCACUGCGCGAGUGCCCUAGAGAGAAACGACGUCACUUUGGCCCAACAAAUCAUGUGGGUGCUCAACAACGUCGCUUCCUCCGUCGGCGACCUCAACCAAAGGCUCGCGUCAUGGUUUCUAAGGGCACUAAUCUCGAGGGCCUCUAGGGUUUGCCCCACGGCGAUGAACAGCCUCAGGAGAAAUGGUGACGUUGGAAGGCGGUUGAUGUCGGUGACCGAGUUGGCCGGGUAUGUUGAUCUAAUUCCUUGGCACCGGUUUGGAUAUUGUGCUUCCAAUAGUGUUAUAUUCAAGGCGGUUCAAGGUUAUGAAAAGGUUCAUGUCUUGGAUUUUAGCAUCACGCAUUGUAUGCAAUGGCCUACUUUGAUUGACGCCUUGGCUAAAAGGCCUGAAGGGCCUCCUUCGCUUAGAAUCACCGUUCCAUCUUUUAGGCCACAAGUCCCUCCUCUGCUCAACGUCUCAUGUGAACAAGUUGGUCUCCGUUUGGCGAACUUUUCUAAGUUUAAAAACGUCCCUUUUGAAUUCAACGUGAUUGGAAACUCAUCAUCUUCCUCUAGUAGUGAAACAACACUAAUUACUACUAGUGAAGAAUGUAAUUUGUACAAGUUUCAAUUUGAAGUCCUCUUAAGUCAACUAAACCCUUCGUCGCUAAACCUCCAAGACGAUGAGGCUUUGGUGGUGAAUUUCCAAAAUUGGCUACGAUAUUUGCCCGAUGAUCAUCAGCAAAUCGGAAGUUCUACUACUCCGCGUAAAGAUGCUAAUGAUUUCAACUCUUUGCGCGACACUUUCCUCAACGUGAUUAGAGAUCUCAACCCAAGAAUCGUAGUCGUUGUCGACGAAGACUCGGAUCUAAAUGCGUCAAGCCUCACGUCGAGAAUCGCGACUUGUUUCAACUAUCUAUGGAUUCCCUUUGACGCUUUGGAGACUUUCUUGCCGAAAGAUAGUUGCCAAAGGAUCGAAUAUGAAUCCGACAUCGGUCACAAGAUCGAAAACGUCAUAGGUUUUGAAGGGUUCCAAAGGAUAGAGCGAUUAGAGUCAGGUGUCACGUCGUCGCAACGGAUGAGGAACGCCGGCUUCUUUAGCAUUCCGUUUUGGGAAGACACCGUUAAGGAAGUGAAGGAUUUGCUUGAUGAACAUGCAAGUGGGUGGGGCAUGAAGAGGGAAGAAGAUAUGUUGGUGCUCACAUGGAAAGGCCACAACUCCGUUUUUGCCACAGCUUGGGUCGCCAGUAAUAUUAUUGGAUUGGAGGAUUAAAUGUGUGUGGCCUAAAGUGUCCUAAAAAAUGUUACAUAAGUCGAUUAAUGUUAUUAUUGGGCCUACCAUGAGCUGGGGUGUCUGGGAUUUUCCUCACAGUGGUCCAUUUCUUGGUUAAGAUCAGGGCAGUGACAAUAACAUGUUUUGCCUUUCUUGGUUCAGUGGAAUUUGUUUUAUCCUCGUCAAAAAGGCUGCAGAAAUUAGGCACAAGACAAAAUCGUGUCCAUUUUGUAUUUGAGUAUUGAUCACUAAAUUGCUGCCGAUAUGAUGGUCACAUGAAAUGCAGAAAAAGAGAAACGUACAAACACAUGUCUAUUGUAUGGGGCAAAUUGUGCUAUGGUAUUUCACAUCACAAAAAAGAAAAAAAAGGCAAAAAAA